AGUCGGGUGUUGUUGUCUCAUUGAGAUGGGCUCUGUCUCUGUCUCUGUCUCUACAUUUACAUUUUCUGGGUAAAACGCAGCGUCCACAGAACAGCAGCCUCCUGACAUUUCAUCAUACGUGAUAAAAGUGACGUUUGACCAUGCCGAGUAAUAAGCUCGAGAGGCAGGAGGUCAGUGAUAAUGUCAAAGUGGUGGUGCGAUGUCGCCCCCUGAAUCAGAAGGAGAUUCUGAUGGGAAACAAACAGGCCGUGAUUGUGGACGAGAUCCGAGGAACCAUCACUGUCAACAGGCUGGAAACUCCCAACGAGCCCCCUAAGACCUUCACCUUUGACACAGUGUUUGGACCUGACAGUAAACAGCUGGAUGUGUACAACCUCACUGCCCGCCCCAUCAUCGACUCAGUGCUGGAAGGAUAUAAUGGCACCAUUUUCGCUUAUGGACAAACGGGAACCGGAAAAACCUUUACCAUGGAGGGUGUGAGAGCAGUGCCAGAGCUCAGAGGCAUUAUCCCAAACUCCUUUGCCCACAUAUUUGGACACAUUGCAAAGGCAGAGGGUGAUACAAGGUUUUUGGUUCGUGUUUCAUACCUUGAAAUUUACAAUGAAGAGGUGCGAGAUUUGCUGGGUAAAGAUCAGACGCAGCGGCUUGAGGUAAAGGAAAGACCGGAUGUUGGUGUGUAUAUUAAGGAUUUGCCUGGUUAUGUUGUCAACAACGCAGACGGCAUGGAUAGAAUUAUGACAGUUGGGCACAAAAACAGGUCAGUUGGAGCAACCAACAUGAAUGAACACAGCUCCCGUUCACACGCCAUCUUCACCAUUACUAUUGAGUGCAGUGAGAAGGGUGUGGAUGGAGAUCAGCAUGUGCGCAUGGGAAAGCUCCAUCUGGUUGAUCUGGCUGGAUCAGAGAGACAGGGUAAAACAGGGGCUACAGGUCAGAGGUUGAAAGAAGCCACCAAAAUCAACCUGUCUCUUUCUACUCUUGGUAAUGUCAUUUCUGCUCUGGUGGAUGGCAAGAGCACUCAUGUGCCCUACAGGAACUCCAAACUGACACGACUUCUGCAAGACUCCCUGGGCGGCAACUCCAAGACCAUGAUGUGUGCAAAUAUAGGUCCUGCUGAUUACAACUAUGAUGAGACCAUCAGCACGCUGCGCUAUGCCAACAGGGCUAAAAAUAUCAAGAACAAAGCCAGGAUCAACGAGGAUCCUAAAGAUGCUCUACUGCGUCAGUUUCAGAAAGAAAUUGAGGAGUUAAAAAAGAAGCUUGAGGAAGGAGAGGAGAUCUCAGGCUCUGAGGGAAGUGGAUCUGAAGACAUGGAUGAAGGUGAAGAUGAAACAGGUGAAGUUGGAGAAGGUCGCAGACGGAGGCGAGGGAGAAAGAAGGUAUCUGCUGACAAGAUGGUGGAAAUGCAGGCAAAGAUCGAAGAGGAGCGAAAGGCUUUGGAGGCCAAACUUGAUAUGGAGGAAGAGGAAAGGAACAAGGCCAGAGCAGAGCUGGAGAAAAGAGAAAAAGACCUACUCAAAGCUCAACAGGAGCACCACCGUCUGCUGGAGAAGCUGUCUGGUUUGGAGAAAAGGGUCAUUGUUGGUGGGGUGGACCUCUUGGCCAAAGCUGAGGAACAGGAGAAACUGCUGGAGGAAUCCAACAAUGAGCUGGAGGAACGUCGCCGGAGAGCAGAGCAGCUGCGCAAAGAGCUGGAGGAGAAGGAGCAAGAACGUCUAGAUAUUGAAGAAAAGUACACAAGUCUUCAAGAAGAAGCCCAAGGAAAAACAAAGAAACUAAAGAAAGUGUGGACCAUGCUGAUGGCUGCCAAGUCUGAGAUGGCUGAUCUGCAGCAGGAGCAUCACAGAGAAAUUGAGGGUCUCCUAGAAAACAUUCGUCAGCUGAGCCGAGAGCUGCGUCUGCAGAUGCUCAUCAUAGACAGUUUUAUCCCACAGGAAUAUCAGGAGAUGAUAGAAAAUUAUGUUCACUGGAAUGAAGACAUUGGAGAAUGGCAGUUGAAAUGUGUGGCUUACACUGGCAACAACAUGAGAAAACAAACCCCUGCUCCAGACAAAAAAGAAAAAGAUCCAUUUGAGGUGGACUUGUCCCAUGUGUACCUCGCAUACACAGAAGAAAGCAUGCGGCAGUCGCUCAUGAAGCUGGAAAGACCCAGGACAUCCAAAAGCAGUAAAAGUGGACGUCCGAAGACAGGACGGAGGAAAAGAUCAGCAAGGCCAGAUGCUGUGAUCGAAUCUCUUCUGCAGUAAAGAAAGUUUAGGUAACAAGUGUCUGAAAAUGUGAAGGAGAAAAUGUCCACAGCUGGAGCCUGUUCUUUAAAUGUGUGAAAAUGCACUUGGGGGAACUGUUCAGCUACUGUAUACUUAACCAUAUACAUGAAGUACAUGUUUAGCACAACUUAUAAACAUGGUUCUCAUUGCUGUUGACCAUGAGUGAGGUGUAUACUGCAUGCCCCAGCGCUCCUGUCAGUGCCAUGUCUCCUGGAUUAUAUUAUUACAAACACAGCUGCUGCCACUGCACUGGACGUUAUGGACUGAGGCACAUUCCUUUUUUUUUUUUUUUUAACCCAACUUUUGUUUUGUUUCAUGAUGUGUGUCAAAUGUUUACAAACACUAUUCUGCAGCGUUUAUUUAUUAAAUUAUUUUCUAUGUUUUAGCUCACAUACAGUUGCUUUGUUAAUAAAUAGGUGAUAUCCCCAACUGCUGCCUUUACUAUUAGUGUAAAAACUGUAUCGUUAAAGGUUCUGUGUGGCACAAAACUGACUCUUCUGAGCUUUUAGCCCUGAUAGAAUGUGGUUUCCUCCUCAAAAACAGACCUGGAGUUGUGUUUUGUUUCAUUCUCACAUGUUUGAGUCACACUUUAUUAUUAGCAUGUAACAUCUACAAAGCUCAAAACGCUCUGUUCCACCUCGUGAUGUCAUCAAGUGAACAGCUCCUUUUACCUUUUGUUCAGCAGACUGGCAAUUCCAGGGCUGAAAUGAUCCAAAUGAUUCUAGUAAAGGUGUGUGCAGUUUAAAAACACAUGAUGACAUCACAAGGUGGAACUGUGUUUUCAGUUUGAGAGAAGAAUUCAGUCUAAAUCUGC